AUAGCUACGAUCUGUUUUGGACAAAGGCAUUAUUAAUCAUUGAUAAAACCUUUAAUUACUUAUAAAUUUGCAGCCGGGUUUAAUAAUUUGCAUUUAAUAAACACAUUUAAAUAAAGUAAGCUACAGAAAAAUCAGAAAAGUUAAUUUUUUACCAGAUAUCAGCAAUGAAUCGUCGCGAAAGGCGUCUUGAUUACAAUGAAGGAUUAAGUGAUCUCUGGGAUAAGGAGAUUAACUUUUUGGACCAGAUCUUCUAUAAACGCAUUCCAUUUAAUUGCAAUGAUCUCAUUAAAUUCUACGACUAUGUCUACUAUCACUGUUCGAGCUUUGUCCAAAAUCCGAGUGUGCCUUGCCAGGAUCCCGGAAGUCAUCUUUACGAAAACCUAAUCAGUUACCUAAAUACCCGGCUUCAGGAAAUAGCAGCUGAAAUUGAGAACAUCACGGAAGACGACCAGCUUAUCAUCAAAUACGUCGAGUAUUGGAAGCCGUAUCAGAAAGCCUGUGAAGAAUUGGACCGAGGAUGUCGCUACCUCAACCAGAACUGGGUGAAACGGGAGCAUUUUGAGGGCCACAAACAUAUCCACGAGGUCUACCGCAUGGCCAUGAUUCGCUGGAAAGAGCUGGUCUUCAGUCCCAUUGACAGGGCUCUGGUCACCGCCAUUACCCUGAUAUUGAGCCAAACUUCCGGGGAAUACAUGAAAUCCCUUUUGUACAAGGUGCUCCAAUCCAUUGUGGAGCUGUACGCCAGUGAUGAGAAACAAGCCGUGACAGUGCCCAAUAAACUUAACAACGUAUUUACGGAGGAAGCGGUUGGUUUCUACCAUUCGGAGACCCUGGCGGAGUUUAGAAAAAUCAUUUCAUCCGAUACUUACUGCGAUUUAAAGCACUUUCUCAAAUACGCCUGCUUAGCCAUGCCAGAAAUCAAACAGGGGGUCCAGUUUAAGGGAGUACUUAAGCGACACCUUGCUUUACAGCUGCAGAAAGCUAUUUCAAAAGCAUUGGGAGGCAAGGAUUACGUAAAUGCCUUCAUGUCACUGCGCCACAGUCCUUUGGAACGGGCAAUGCGGGAUCACAAGGAACUGGUGGCCGUGAUUGAUCAGGUGUGCUCAAAUUCAAUAAACUCUAUGAACCAGAAAAGGGAUCCCAUCGAAGUCCUUAACAUACAUUGCAAUGAACUAAUGACCAAUAAUCAUUAUUCUGCGAAGGCUGUUAUCGAGGAAUUUAAACGGAUCGUUGAGUUGGUGGAAUUCCUAAACGAAAAGGACAAAUUCUUUAACCAAUAUUGGAAAUAUCUUAGGAUUCGUCAAAUCAACGAGACAUCUACAUCAGAUCAAAAUGAGUCCACAAUGAUUUCCCUGCUGACCAAAAAGUUUGGGUAUGUUGCUACUUUUAGUCUAUCGAAUCAGUUGGCGGAAUUAGAUCGGUCCAGGGUCGUAAAGGAUCAGUUUAAAAAUUAUUUGGAUUGUAGGGAUAUGAAGUUAGGAUUCGAUUUCCGUCUUACGUGUUUUGAAACCAGGGGUGGCGAUGACAAUUUCAAGCUGAUUUUGCCUACGGAACUGCAGCAAGCUGAAAAGGAGUUUUACUCAUUUUACAGUCAAUGCUAUAAAGGUCGGAAAAUUGAAUUAAAUUUCGAAAUCUCCACCGGCGAGAUGAUCUGCCAUUUGGGUCAGUCGACUCAUAUCCUUCAGGUAACUACUUUGCAAAUGGCACUUCUUCUGCUGUUUAACCAUCGGGAGAAGUUUACAACCGACGAGAUAAUGGACGUGUUGGGCACAAAUAUGGAGACCCUGGAGCCGGUUCUGAAUUUUUGGAAAGAGAUUGGAUUUCUUGUUUCCAGCGACUUAUCUUUGGAAGUAAACAUGAAUUUUACAAAAAGGAAGCGCCGUCUUAACUUUAACAAGGUUCCGACUAAAACUAGAAAGAUCGAAGAUAAAGAAGAUGGUGAAUUAAAAUUAAGGCGCGCAAACCAAAUGGAUGCGGCUGUGGUGCGCAUAAUGAAGAAGCAUAAGACUCUGGAACACUCGCAACUAGUUGGGCAUGUUAUUGAGGAGCUGAAAAAUCUUUUCACUCCAAAAAUUGGGUUUAUUAAAGAAAGGAUUGAAGCUUUGAUUAAUAAAGACAUGGCCGGUAUAGAGCGUUCAGGGCUCACCACCUACAAAUAUGCUUCCUAAAUCUAUUAAAAUAAUGCUGUAUUCCAAAAAUGUGUUAUAUUCUAUUCCUUGGCUUACAACUAUUUGGAAUUUAUUAGAUAAAGCGAAAAAGUUAGAAAGCCAUAAUAACAAUUUUUAAACUUAUGUUUUCAAUUACAUUUUUAUAAUAAAACCGAAGUUUUAAA